UCUCUCUUUCCUCAAAUGAAUUUACACACUCCACCACCUCGGGAUGAAGAGGGAAAGGAAGAGGGGGAGGGGAGGAGAAAGCUGACCCCUCGCGGUUCCCCACUUUCCUUCUCUUUCCUCAGCUCAGACUCUCACUCACACACUGAAACCCAGCUUAGAGAGAGAGAGAGAGAGCAGAGAGAGCAGAGAGACAACAGACAAGAGUUAAAGAAGAUCUGUAGAGAGAGAGAGAGAGAGAAAGAGAGGGUGUGUGUGUGUGUGUGUGUGAGAGACAGACAGAGACAGACUUAAAGGUACACGCCAUUUGAGUGCAUAGAAGAGAAGGACGCAGAGAGGGCCGAGGCUCUGCAACAUGGCAAGCUAGGCAGAGAUAGCUUCCACGCGAGAAGGAGGAGGAGGAGGAGGAGGAGGAGGAGGAGCGGCGGCCGCGAUAAUGCUGGAGUACGAGUGGGGUCUCGGCGCCAACGCAUCUCAGAUUCUGAUCUCCGCCGACGACCCGACCCAUGACCCGACCCAGGCCCACCCCCACCCCCACCACCACCACUCCAUGCUCGACCAAUACGCGGUCUCGCCUCACCACCAGUCCUUCCCCAACGCCAGCGCCAGCGCUCACAUUCUCUCCAACCCCGCCAACGCCUUCCCGUCCUUCGCUCCUCCCCAUCACCAACAAGCAGGCCCCAUCAACAGCACCCCGCACAACCACAAUGCCCACCCCCUCUUCGACCCCCGCGCCUUCGGCGCGCCGUACCCGCCGCCUCCCGCCAGCCCCUUCGCCCUCGACUGCUUCGGCGGCGGCGGCGGCGGCGGUGGCGGGGGGUUCCUGAUGGUGCCGAAGAGCGAGGACGCCGCGGCGGCGGCGAGGAUAGGCCUGAACCUGGGGGGCCGGACGUACUUCGCGUCCUCGGUGGCGGCGGAGGACGACUUCGUGAGCCGGCUCUACCGGCGCUCGUCGGCCGCCGGGGAGGCCGCCGGGUCUUCGUCGGCGGCCGCCAACGCGCCCCGCUGCCAGGCCGAGGGGUGCAACGCCGACCUGACCCACGCCAAGCACUACCACCGGAGGCACAAGGUGUGCGAGUUCCACUCCAAGGCCGCCGCCGUCAUCGCCGCCGGCCUGACCCAGCGUUUCUGCCAACAGUGCAGCAGGUUCCAUCUCCUCGCGGAGUUCGACAACGGGAAGCGCAGCUGCCGGAAACGGCUGGCGGACCACAACCGCCGCCGGCGGAAGUCGCACCACCAGCAGCAGCAGCAGCCGAGCCGCGAGAACCCGGCCAAGGCGCAGCAGGAGAGCGGCCGGAACUCUUCCGGCGAUAACCCAGCAAGAUCGCCCCCGGACUCGGGAACGCAGUCGGCUUCGUCGGUCACCGUGGCGAUGUCCCCGCCGAGGAUGUCGCUGGACUGUUUCCAGCAGAGCCAUCGGGGUUACCACCAGCCCUCGUCGUCUUCAUCGGCAUCGUCGCCCUCGUGUUCUCUCUUCUUCUCCAGCGGAUGAAAAGACGAAGAGGAAGUGAUUGUGGUGGGGGCUCUCGCGGGGCACUUGAGAGAGUAGUAAGCAAUAUUCUUAGGGAUCGAUUGUUGAUUGUUUUAGAUUUUAUCAUCGCCAAGAGAUUUCAAGCAUCUCUUGUCUCUUCCACGUUCAUGGUGGAAAGUUCAUGUGCAGCCCGAGAUGGGCAUCGUUGUAGACAUCAAGUGAAGCAUCUAAAUUAUUGUUUCUUAUGGUAUACGGCACUAUAGUCGCACGUGCAAACUA